AUGAGGGUUCAGAUAGGAGAAAAGGAAUUUUCUCAAUGGCUUUUAAAGCUUGGAAGUGGAACAUUACCUGUCAAGCCUGAAGAUCCUUUGCAAGGGUGUAUUGAAAUACCUGAGCAGUGUUUUCUCAAUGAUAAUGAAUCUAUUGUGGAAAAGAUUUUCGGUGGUGCAGAAGAAGCUGAUUAUGCAAAACGUGCUAUUUUAACACCAACAAAUGUUGAUUCAUUGGCAAUAAAUGAAGAAGUCCUUCAUCGAUUACCGGGUGAUGUUAAAACUUAUUUAAGUUCAGAUAGCAUUGAAACUGAUGAUCAUAAUGAAAUUUAUAAUUUUCCAGUCGAGUUUUUAAAUACUUUGACUCCAUCAGGUAUGCCUGUUCAUUGCCUAAAGUUGAAAAUUGGUGCUGUUAUUAUGCUACUUAGAAAUUUAGAUCUCAAAGGUGGACUUUGUAAUGGAACACGUUUGAUGGUGCGUGCACUACACAACAAUUACAUUGAUGGUGAGGUUCUAACACGUGUAUCAGCUGGUAACAGGGUAUUUGUUCCUCGAGUUCAAUUAGCUCCAUCAGAUUCAAAUUUACCUUUUACACUUAAACGUCGUCAAUUUCCAGUUAGUGGUGUUACUUGGCAACGUGUAGUGCAAGAUUGUGAUCCUUGCCAGCCAAGUGGUGUUACUAAUUAG